CAUGGCUCGAAAGAAAGCCGCUGCUAGGCCCAUGAAAACGUGUUGCAGCACCACCAACGUUGCAGCGUUGAUCGUGGAAGCCGUAUCGGGCUCCAAGGAGAAGAGCGGCGUGUCCAUGGCUGCCCUGCAGAAGGCUCUUACUGCUGGAGGUUAUGACGUGGCACACAACGUCUCCCGCGUGAAACAAGCGGUGAAGAGCCUUGUGAGUAACGGAACCCUGCUUCAGUCGAAGGGACCAGGCGCAGUCUGUUUUAUCCUAAAUGCUGGAUCUUCACAAUCCCCCUCGAAGACGCGUGCAGCAGGCAGCCCGAGUCCGAAGAAAACCAAGAAAACUACGCCCAGGAAGGCGAAGAGGAGUCCCAGGAAGGCGACCAGGAGUCCCAGAAAAGGAAAGUCCGCCAGACCCAAAAAAGCCAAGACAGCCCGCAGGAAGAAAUGAUUUCUCGGUUGAAUUUCUUGCCACGAACAACAAAGGCUCUUUUAAGAGCCGCCCAACUAUUAAUACAUUAAGGCGCAGAAAAAUUCAUUUUACUGUCAAACGAAUCGCUUACAGUGUGAGAUUAUUUGUUCCUGUUCAUCUGACUGGAUGAAAGUUUCUUACUAUGCAUAUUUACUAUGAACAAUCGUGAUUAAGGCUUUUUCAACUCCAAGAUUGACAGAUGGCAUGCUAGUGGAGUUAGGCUACCACUUAUUUGCUAGACGUUGUUUACUUGCUAUUAACAGGCUUGUCGGGGGCUGCGCGAUUCAAGGUAGUCAGCUCUCACCAGAUAUAGUAAAGACGUACAACUAAUGAACUACAUAAUAACAGUGUUUACAACAGUAUUACUUCAAAAUUUGACUUCUUAUCACUCCAGCACCUUCCGCGAUCCCGACCAGGAAAACGCGGG